AUGCAUCCUAAAAAGCCACAGCCCCAGCUACUUGUUCCAACAAUCAAAUUUCCUCUUUCAUCGCCUAUCUGUGAGGAAAUUGAAAGUCCACCCUGUUCCUCCGCAGAAGACCACGAGGAAGAGCCAAACCGACCCUUUGCAUUCCUGUCCAAGGCCACCCGACAAAACUUACAGUCCAAGACAACCAAAGAUGAAACUGGGACUGUGAAUCGGUCAGCUAUUUUCCCACAAAUAUCGAAAGCCAACAUUCGAGGCAUAUCCAAGAAACGGAAAAGUGUCGCAAAGCCUCUGGGCUUGAAUCUGGUGACGGAUUUCACACUGGCGCCGGCGCCGAAGAAAAUAGGAACCAGUGAAGAGACAGCUGCGGCACCGUUUGUGGAUCUGAACGAUUUGAAGCUCCUCUCCAAAGUGCGAGAGAGGGAACGCACAUCACAGAAAUCCAAAGAAACAUUCAAAAAGCGGACUUCGCGUGGGCUCCAGCGGUUACCGAAUGGAGGACCAGACGAGCAGAUGCAAGAUGGCAGCUUGUUCCUCAGCCAGCUGGAAUCUACCAACCCAUUCCAUGACAGACAAGACCAUGGUCUUUCGCCAUCCGACCGCAAUGUCAUGAUCGGACUGACAGUUCCAACAAGCGAGUCCCUGGAUCGGAGGGAACUCGAGGAUCAAUACACACCACUCACACCCUCGAUUGUUGUCACCCCUGCCAGGGAAGAAUCACCUUGGAACUCACACUUGAAUUCGAGUACCGAGCAGCUGCAUCCACCUCGGGUAGCAUCCAGCGUGUACUCGCAGCCUACGCCACGUCUGUGGCAGUUCGAAGCAGAUGUGCCGCCUGUGCCAGCCAUUCCAGCACAGCAUUUCGCUCAGACAAAAGGGUCCCAGGCUGUGCUCCCCAAUACGAACCUGACUACCGAUUCCCCGAAUCGACCUGCAUCUAUCGCAUCGACGGCCUGGGAAGAUGACAGUCCUCGACAGACAUCCCCAGAGUCGAGCACCUCCAACCUCAACACGACAACUACCAGCACCCAACCCAAGAGAAACAGCAAUCCAUUCACAAACACAACCCGCCUCAGCGUCAACACAGAGACAGACCGCCCAGCUUCCCAGGGCUGGUGGACAUACCUCCUCUCCCCAUUACUAGGCCGUCCAGGCAAAUCACCUCUAAGCCCAUCAUUCCCCCGAAGUCAAGAUCAAGAUUCACCAGCGGCGUCAACACCAUCACCAACAACCGCCCGCAAAGAAUCAAAAUGGUGGGAACGGGGGAGAGAACGAUUCAAAGAGAAAGAAGUCUCCUGCUUUUCACCCGAUACACCAGAAACAGCAGCUCCAAUUGGCGACAAGAACUUUUCGCCGCUUGGCGGAAUUGAGAGGUCCACCAGCCUACACGGCCAACAGGCAUUCCCUGAUCUGGCUCCUGAUCAUGAUCCCGCCCCUGCGUAUGACUAUGCCACUGCUCCUCCCGUGCCCCAACCAGCACCCGCAUCCAGACAACAGACCAUGUCAUUCAUAUUUGGCGGCGGACAAACAGUCCAGGGCGAAGCAGCUGAAUACUACCAAGCAUCUGCGCAUGAAUUGUACAGCAAGACACCCUACUUUGAAUGUAUUGGACAUGUUUGUUCCCUGACUCCCGUGGUCAAUACAGGGGCAGAUCUCAGUGAGACAAGAGAGUUUCCUGGCAAUGGCGGUAAUGGGCUGGCGAUUAUCCCUGUUGAUGAGAGCAGUCGUGGUGAUCCAAACCCUAGCUCCGAUACUGGACUUACUCCAGAUCUGAAGAGGGAGUCGGCUACUACGACGAAGAAUUCCGGAUUGUUGAUUGAUAUCGAUUCGCCGAAGCCUAAGUCUGCUGCUGGCGGUGUCGGUGCUGCAAGCGCAAAGGAAAUGCUGAUUCAAUCGCCUGCUUCGGACACUAGCUCUGAUUCUUGGGACUCCCCUGUAGUCGGUGAUGGUGAGAAGGGCGCUGUCGCUGAGCAGGCUACGAGGGAGAUUCCUGCUGUCGUGGAGCAUCAGCCUGCUACGCCUGUUCCUGUUCCUGUCCCCAUGCCUGCAGCGCCUGUUGAGCAUGAGAGACAAGUCUACGAGCCACCUGCUCCAACUCCAGCUCCAGUUCCAGCUUCAACCACCGCGCAGCAGCCUACACCUGUUCCGAUUCCAAUGCCAGAACCUCAAGCUGCCCCAGCUCCGCAAUUUAUUACCAAUAUCUCGCCGCCUGUUAUUAAUUAUCCUGCCCCUCCACCUCCGCCACAGCCACAACCUAUUCAACCAAUUAUUGUACCUCAUUAUGUCCCAAUGGUCCCCCCCGAACAGCGAGUGCAGCCAGAACAACCGGCGCCUGUGGCUCAAGAACAACAGCCAUUGGAGCAGACUCGCGAAAUACCGAUCCCGCAGCAAACUGGACCCGCUUCUCAAGGUCCUUCACCUGGCACAGAAUGGCCCUGGCCAUAUCGCCGAGAGGAACAAGCACCGCCUCAGCUUGCCCCUGCUCUUCAAGAAUCCCGUGGGGUUGAAACGGAUCGACAGGGCUAUAUUCCUCAGGCAACAACAGCAACUCAGACGGCACAGGAGCAACCGCAAGGUACUGAGUGGAUGUAUGAAAAGCGGAGACACUUACAUGCACCGCUUGUGGUUCAGGGACGGGAGUCUGGAUCUGGAUGGCCAUUUGGACAUCGUCAGCAGCAGCAACAGCAGCAGCAAUCAGCUAUACCUCAAGCUCCACUUCAAGCUCCACCUCAGGGAUUCGAAUGGGCUUAUGGUUAUCAGGGACAGCAGAAUGAAUCUGCAAAUCAGACCCAAGUACAGGCCGAUACGGCAGAACACACAACACAGCCGCAACAGGCACAAUCACAAACACAUAAUUCCCAGGGAUGGUCACAAGAAGUAGACUCACAAAACGGAGAACGAGGACAGCCAAUUGCUGUUGCUGUUCCUCAAAGGCAAGCAGAUGAGCCCCGCACCUCUCAAUCACAGCUCCAGGAGUCAGAAUUGGCGCCUCACCAAACACAGACAUCUGAGCCAAUCUCUCCGGGAUUCCAACGCGCAGCUGGAGGACCCAAUUCAGUCCCUAUGUCUGACAUGCAGGCUCCAGCUCCAGCAUAUACCCAGUUCCCCAGAGAAGCUCCUCUCCCACCGCGAUAUGAUACCCAGCCCCGGUAUGCUCCUCAUUCUGCUGGUGGGGCUACGAUUGUGAAUCCAGGUGGUGCAAUUGGACCCCACGAAGCUCGAAGACGCAGACUGGAGAAGGAAGAUGCAGUUGGACGCAAAGCUGGUGGUCUAUGGCGUGGCAGAGGUCCUUUCAGCAAGAAAGGCUGCUUUGGACGCCCAGGACGUGAAGGUCGAACUCGGCGAAGAUGGUACUUGCUCAUCUUUAUGUUCUUUUUCAUUAUUGUAAUUCUGGCCAUUGUGCUUGCAAUCACGUUGACCAGAAAGGGAGAUCCUACUCCAGUUCAGUCACAGUGGCUAAAUCUCACUGGCUACCCUCCCAUGCCAACUGGUGUUGCGACCCUUGCUGGAACUGAGCCCCAGGUUCAGAAGUCUACCUGCAUAACACCCUCCUCGAUGUGGAGUUGUGCUUUGCCCAAGAGCCAACAACAAGAAAAUCAGCCAUAUAGCGCGGACGAGCCUAACUUCCGAGUCUCAAUCUCAUUCCGCAAUGGAACAUACGACAACAGCACAACCGUCAGUUCAACCUCGAGUCGACGAAAAAGAAGUGACGUGUUCAGCCCAUCUCCUGUAGCCCCCAGCAAUGCGGAUCAGGCCUUCAUAGGCCAGUACACAGACAACAACAGUGCUCCCUACAGCGGCGAGGAAACACCCUUCUUCAUGUCCAUGCUCUCCCCAAUUUCCCUCUCCACGACCAAUAUCUACCGCCGCUCGACAGAAUCAAAUAGCACCGUCUUCCCAAACCUCACAUCCAUCAUCCCUGCCCCCGACGAAAACUCCGACGGCUCAGCCGCAGCCGCCAUGCUAUACCCCCUCCCCGCCUCCCAGCCCAUCAGACUCUAUAACAGAGGCCAAGCCUCAGAGCACUACGGCUUCUACACCUACUUUGACAAAUCAAUCUACCUGACCAGCCAAACCGAAUCUUCACCCGCCGACUCAAACGGCGGAACCAGCCGAGAAAACUCGAAAUACCGCUGCAGCUGGUCCCAAACGCGCUUCCUCGUCCAAAUUUGGACGCAACCAGAAAAGAUCGGCCGUCGCCUCCUUCCAUCCAGCAACACAACAGAGACAGCCACAGCAACAGCCUCGACAUCUACCUCAGCAAGCAAAGCAACAUCGUCAUCGACAUCCUCCUCCUCCGCAACGGAUUUCUCCCGUCCAGGUUCAUUCCCCUACCCGGUAACAAUAACAAUUGACCGUCAUGGCGGCGCAGAGAAGAAGAAAAUGGUAUAUUGCUAUGCUAUAGAGAGCGAUGGCCAUUACAACAUCAGCUCCGUGCAGUUACAGCUGGAGGAUCGGGCUGCUGGCGGGGUGGCUGUGAAUCCUGCCGGGGGCAUCUUUGAGAGUUUGAAUCAGACUCCGCAGGGUAAUGGGACGGAGUAUGGCGGUGUUGAUGGUGGUUCGGGUGGGUGUCAGUGUCAGUAUGUGAACUGGAUUGGGACUGUUUAG